CCUCCUACCCAAAAUACCCUUCCCAUUCAAUCUCAGCCUUCUCUCUCUCAGUCUCGGUUUCUCUCUCUCUCAGUCUCACAAAAAUCCCCCAAAAACCAUCGAACCCCCACCUCCGUCGAGCCGCCAUCUCCGUCGAGUCGUCGAGCCCGCAUCUCCGUCGAGCUCCCACCUUCUCCGUCGAGCCCCCACCUUCUCCCAUUUCUCCGGUGAUCUCGAGCCCACUGCAAACUCCUAUUUUUCUGUCAAACCCGAGACCCACGGAGCAUAUUUCCUUCAAAGUUUAAAAAACUAAGAUGCCUAAGUUGCUUGUUCCGUUCAGUGAUCACUUUCCUGGUCGAGUGACAUAUCGGGGUAGUAGUACUUUAAAUCACAUUAAGACCAGGUUUUUGGAGCUCGGGCUGCUUGAAAGGGCUAAGGAAUCCCCUUUCAAGCAAUUCUUUUUGGCUUUGGAGUUUAAUUUCUCCGGAGUCUUGGUGCAUCAACUGUUGCUGAGGAAAAUCGCCAGCAACAACGAAGAUGAGGUGCAUUUUUUCUUGGGGUCGAAGUCUUGUAGAUUCAGCAUGGGAGAGUUUUCCCUGGUGACGGGGUUGGAUUUCAGUGCCUUCCCGUCACCAGAAGAGUUGGAAGGGCGUAAUCUCAGCGAUCGGUUGAUAAAGGAGUAUUUCAACGAUGCUGAGAAAGUAAAGCUGUCACAGGUGGACCAUGCUUUCAAGACUUGUACGGUUGUGGAAGAUGUGUACAAGCUUGGUCUAUGUCUGUUUGUUGAGGGGGUUCUGAAUGCCAUUGAGGGCAAGCUGCACAUUUGGCGAGAUAUUCUAAAAAUUGUUGAGAAUGUAGAGUACUUCUUCAGCUAUCCAUGGGGGAAGUACUCUUAUAGGAGGUUAUUGCAUUCUUGUAAGAAGGACAUGGUGAAGCAAAAGGCUAACUAUGAUGCCAAGAAGGAUGCCAAGGUGCAGCAAGAGUCCAAAUACAAUAUGUAUGGUUAUGCCCCCGCCUUACAGUACUGGGCAUAUGAGGCUAUCCAACAGCUUGCGGUGGAGCUUGUUGUGAGCUCGGGAAACAUGUUCCCGAGGAUGCUUAGCUGGUUGCAUCGGAGGAACAAGGAUUUCACCAAGUCCGUCAUCGCACCGAUAUUAUUGAAGAAGAAUGUAAGUUAUGUUGUUUUUUUUUUAUCUAUAUGCUUAUCUUUUAUCAUUAUUUGAGUUAACCAAAUGUUUUAUGUUGUUUGCAGUUAAUUGUUCUUCCGAUGUUGAAGCCUCGGCCAGCAGAAAAAGACUAUUACUUGUCUUUGACUGAGGGAGAUCUUCCCCUUUAUCCUGGGCUUGGCCAG